UUUUAACAUUUGACGGGCACUAUUGUGAAUCAAACAAUAUUCAAUAUUACAUCAAAUCAUAUAUUUUGCUUUGUGUUUUUUACUAAUUUUCUUAAACAUUUUGCAAUACAAGAUUUGUUACAGCAGUAAAUAUUGUAUAUUUACACAAGUUCUUACAAGAAUGAAUGAUGAACAUGAAGAUUCCUUUGAACUGGCCCUGGCCACAAUGGAUUUGCCAACUGCGGCAAAAGUACCAAGAAAAAGUUUUGAAAUUCCUAAUGCAAGCGCACACACUGCCUCAACAAAAACAACUAUUAAAAUACAGGAAGAUAAUAUCAAAAAAUCUGAAAUAAAAGCGAAAAAUACUGCGGCUAAUCCACAUUGUAUUUUAGUUCAUCCAAAGCAAAGAGGUAAUCCUAUAAUAAAAUCUAUACAAAAUGUACCUUUAGAAUUUCGAGAUGAUAUAAUACCCGAUUAUGUUGUUGGAAGAACUACUUGCAUUUUGUAUUUGUCGCUUAAAUAUCACAAUUUGAAUCCGGAUUACAUAUGUCAGCGUUUGAAAGAAUUGGGGAAGCAAUAUGAAUUAAGAGUCUUGUUAGUACAGGUGGAUACACCGGAGCCACAUAAUGCUCUAAAAAGCCUCACCAGGAUAAGUUUACUGGCAGAUCUGACCUUAAUGUUGGCUUGGAAUGCAGAGGAGGCCGGUAAAAUUAUUGAAACCUAUAAAUUAUUUGAAAAACGAGGUCCAGAUUUGAUAAUGGAAAGGGUAGAAUCUAAUCCCCAUCAGAAAUUGGUCUCUGCUUUAACAAAUAUAAAGCCGGUGAAUAAAACAGAUGCCGUGACACUUUUACAAAAUUUUGGCAACUUGGAGAACCUCAUCAAUGCAAGUGAAGAUCGUUUAUCUCAGGUUAUCGGUUUGGGACCACGUAAAGCUAAAAAACUUUACACAACAUUGCAGGAACCUUUUCUAGGAAAAUGAUUUUUUUUAUUUUGUUUUUAAAUAUUUAUUUUGAAAAUAUAAAUUUGUUAAGAAUUUUACAA